AUGGAUACUCUUCUAACCGCUGAAAUUGCGGCCAACGCCCCUCGCUACCGCCGCAAGAGCUCUACUUUCAUCGACGCCAUCCAUGAUAUUCCCCAUGGCCAGGAUUUGGCCCCGGCCCAGCUCUACAGUACCAUGUCAGGUCGACUCUUCCACUCUGGCCGUAUCGCCAUUGUCAUGGUUGGGCCGCCUGCGCGUGGCAAAACUCAUAUCUGUGUCUCUAUGGCGCGAUACCUGAGUUGGCUCGGUGUGAAAUCUCGCAUCUUUCACCUUGGAGACUACCGCCGAGCAACUGUUGGUCCCGAUGGCUCUAUUCCUGACGAUUACUUCUUUCCAAACGCAUCGCCGGCAUCUGUCAUUCUGCGUCAGAAGAUCUUGAAGAAAUGCCGCGAGGACAUUUACUCUUGGUUGAACCACGAUAAUGGACAAGUGGCGAUCUACGACGCAGUAAACCCUACCGCUAAUGGACGACGCUCCCUGGCCAAAGAGUUCGCAAAGCACGACGUUCAAACUCUGUUCAUUGAAUCGUUCGUUGACGACGAACGCAUCCUGAGAGAGAAUGCGAGAAACGUCAAAAUCUCGUCCCCAGACUUUGCCGGAAUGGAGCCUGACGAAGCAGCCAAAUUAUACCUCCAGAGGAUCGAGAUGAAGAUUCCUGUGUUUGAAACAAUGAACGAGAAGGAGCUGAAUUACAUCAAGAUGAUCAACGCAGGAACCAAAUUCUUUUACAACAACGUCAGCUUCAAUUAUCUUGCUCAUAGAAUUGUCUUCUACCUUACAAACCUGCAUAUCAAGUCACGAAAGACUUUCUUUGCCCGAGCUGGCACGACAGCAGAGGAGGACUCAUACAAAGCCGAUGCUCCCCUGUCUCAGGAAGGAAGGGACUAUGCUCAGAAGAUGUCCGAGGCACUCUUGAAGCACCGCGAACAGGAACGCCUUACAGCCAUUGCGGAGGGUGGCCAGGAUGCUCCUCUGCCACCACUCACUGUCUGGACAUCGACUCGUAUGCGUACGGUGCAGACUUCCGAUGUUCUGAAGGAGAAGGGAUACAAGGUCCGUCAGCGGUCACAGCUCAGUCAAAUCAACCCUGGCGUGUGCGAGAAGAUGUCUGAGCGUAUGAUCCGUCAAAUCUACCCGGAUGAAGUCGAGAAGCAUGAGCUGGACCCUUACCACCACCGUUACCCUCGCGCCGAGUCGUAUCACGAUCUUGCCGUUCGGUUGGAGCCUAUUAUCCUCGAGUUGGAGCGAGAACAGACCGAUCUUCUCAUCAUUGCUCACGAAUCUGUUCUUCGUGUACUCUACGCCUAUUUGAUGCACUGCUCUACUACUGAUAUUCCAGUGAUCAAUUUCCCGCGCGACGAGAUUAUUGAGAUCAUCCCAGCGGCGUAUCAAAAUGAGGCCAAGCGCAUCCACAUCCCGGGUCUCAACCCUCAGAUCGUCCCUGGCUCACCCCAGGACAUCAAAAUUCCUGUUCCAAGCAGCGGAGCCGUGAGCGCACAGCUUUCCCCUAUCCCAAGUGGUGUUGGUACUCCAGCGGAGCAUACUGAGCGACCACCAGAGAAGGUUAUCAACACGGCCAAAGAUAUGGUAGCGGAUAAGGUCAACGACGAAGACUAG